UGUGUGUAUGUGUGUUGGUGAAUGUGAGUACGGGGAAGUCGCGGCCGCCAUUUCAGAGAGCUUGCCGACGCUGCCGCAGGGGUGGAUCCUCCGCUGCCGAAGCCGCCGUCCUGAACUCCCGCGCGGGCUCCUCUAAUCCCAUUGUUUCUUUUAGAUUCGCUUGGGCCUAUCCGCCCUCGGAGCUCGAAAUUCGGGCUGGGUGGUACUGCGGCCUGGGCCUAGCGGCUUAACAGUAGCAACAGCGGCGGCAGUAGCAACCCCCCUUUUUCCGAAUACGAGCACCGCAGGGGCCCCGAAAGCCCGCACAGGCGUUCAGAGAAAAUGGCAGACGAUAUUGAUAUUGAAGCAAUGCUUGAGGCUCCUUACAAGAAGACUUGCCUAACGAUAUCUCACCUCUACUCCCAUGAAUUCACCUUUGAUUCCAGUGUGAACUGUCAAUCAUAAGGGCGAGAUGUGUGACAGAGGUGGCAUCAAGCUCUUACAGUCCCAACCCUCCAACGGAAAUGGGCGAAGAUCUCAGGAAUGGCAUCGGUCACAGGAAAUCGAUAGUGGCUGGCUGCUAGCAUGGCCACAUGGGGCUUAGGCAGAAAUAGAGCCAUGGAUGAGAACAAGUUGAGCAGUGCCAACGGCCAUGAAGAACGUAGCAAAAAGAGGAAAAAAAGCAAGAGCAGAAGUCGUAGUCAUGAACGAAAAAGAAGCAAAAGUAAGGAACGGAAGCGAAGUAGAGAUAGAGAAAGGAAAAAGAGCAAAAGCCGUGAAAGGAAGCGAAGUAGAAGCAAAGAAAGGAGACGGAGCCGUUCAAGAAGUCGAGAUCGCAGAUUCAGAGGCCGCUACAGAAGUCCUUACUCCGGACCAAAAUUUAACAGUGCCAUCCGAGGAAAGAUUGGGUUGCCUCAUAGCAUCAAAUUAAGCAGACGACGCUCCCGAAGCAAAAGUCCAUUCAGAAAAGACAAGAGCCCAGUGAGGGAGCCUAUUGAUAAUCUGACUCCUGAGGAAAGAGAUGCAAGGACCGUUUUCUGCAUGCAGCUGGCAGCAAGAAUUCGGCCAAGGGAUUUGGAAGAGUUUUUCUCCACAGUAGGAAAGGUUCGAGAUGUGAGGAUGAUUUCUGAUAGAAAUUCAAGACGUUCCAAAGGAAUUGCUUAUGUGGAAUUUGUCGAUGUUAGCUCAGUGCCUCUAGCAAUAGGAUUAACUGGCCAGCGGGUUUUAGGAGUGCCAAUCAUAGUACAGGCGUCACAGGCAGAAAAAAACAGAGCUGCAGCAAUGGCAAACAAUCUACAAAAGGGAAGUGCUGGACCUAUGAGGCUCUAUGUGGGCUCGUUACACUUUAACAUAACUGAAGAUAUGCUUCGGGGGAUCUUUGAGCCUUUUGGAAGGAUUGAAAGUAUCCAGCUCAUGAUGGAUAGUGAAACAGGUCGAUCCAAGGGAUACGGAUUUAUUACGUUUUCUGAUUCAGAAUGUGCCAAGAAAGCUUUGGAACAACUUAAUGGAUUUGAGCUAGCAGGAAGGCCAAUGAAAGUUGGUCAUGUUACUGAACGUACUGAUGCUUCCAGUGCUAGCUCAUUUUUGGACAGUGAUGAACUGGAAAGGACUGGAAUUGACUUGGGAACAACUGGUCGUCUCCAGUUAAUGGCUAGACUCGCAGAGGGUACAGGCUUGCAGAUCCCACCAGCAGCACAGCAGGCUUUGCAAAUGAGUGGCUCUCUGGCAUUUGGUGCUGUGGCAGAAUUCUCUUUUGUUAUAGAUUUGCAAACAAGACUUUCCCAACAGACUGAAGCUUCAGCAUUAGCUGCAGCUGCCUCUGUUCAACCUCUUGCAACACAGUGUUUCCAACUCUCUAACAUGUUUAACCCUCAAACAGAAGAAGAAGUUGGAUGGGAUACAGAGAUUAAAGAUGAUGUGAUUGAAGAAUGUAAUAAACAUGGAGGAGUUAUUCAUAUUUAUGUUGACAAAAAUUCAGCUCAGGGCAAUGUGUAUGUGAAGUGCCCAUCAAUUGCUGCAGCCAUUGCUGCUGUCAAUGCAUUGCAUGGCAGGUGGUUUGCUGGUAAAAUGAUAACAGCAGCGUAUGUACCUCUUCCAACUUACCACAACCUCUUUCCUGAUUCCAUGACAGCAACACAACUACUGGUUCCAAGUAGACGAUGAAGGAAAAUAUAGUCCCUUAUGUACAUAGCUUUUUUUCUUUCUUGAGAAUUCAUCUUGAGUUAUCUUUUAUUUAGAUAAAAAUAAAGAGGCAAGGGUCUACUGUCAUUUGUAUACAGUUCCUGUUACCUUGAAAAAAUAAAAAUGUUAACAGGAAUGCAGUGUGCUCAUUCUCCCUAACUAGCAAAUCCCACUGUAUACAAAGCUGUUCUCUUGUUCUGCCUUUUAAAUGUACAUGUAGAAAAUUACAUUAAGGAUCUAUAGGAAUAGCUCUAGGGGAACAAAUGUGCUUAACAUAAAAAGGCAGACAGGGAUGUAAUGAUGUUUUUAAUGUUUCAGAAGCCUAACUUUUUACACAGCAGUUACAUUUCACUAAUGUUGAUAUUUGGUUAAUGGUUUAGCAGAGGUUUCUGGAAUACAUAGUUUAUGGAAAUUCAAGACAGCUAAAAGGGCUGUUUGAUUAACAUCUCAUCUUGCAUUCUGAUCAACUGGCAAGAAAAGGAGAUUUCAAAAUUACAUUUCUGGAUGGUAUCUUUUCAAUUAAUGUAUCUGUAAAAGUUUCUUUGUAAAUAUUAUGUGUUCUGGUGUGUCUGAGAUUCCAAACAAAAUGAUCCCUGCAUUUCCUCAAGAUGUUUAGUGACAGUCGGGUAAGCAAAGCAGUCUGAGCAAGAAAUAGGAAAUGCAGAAAUAGGUUUUGUCUGGUUGCAUAUAAUCUUUGCUCUUUUUAAGCUCUGUGAGCUCUGAAAUAUAUUUUUGGGUUACUUCAGUGUGUUUGACAAGACAGCUUGAUAUUUCUAUCAAACAAAUGACUUUCAUAUUGCAACAAUCUUUGUAAGAACCACUCAAAUAAAAUUCUCUUA